AUGACGCUGGUUUACUUUCCCACGCCAAAGCAGCAGCCAAAACAACGCAGUCGCCCAGCCAUUCUAGUGGCUCAGUCCGCUUGGCAGCUCGCUCUGCGUUUCGGCAAGCGCACUACCAUUCAUGGCCUAGACAGGCUCCUUAGCGCCAGAGCCAGUAGGUGGGAGCGCUUUGUCUGGCUGUGUACCUUUGUGAGUGCAUUCCUGGGGGCGGUUUAUGUGUGCCUCAUACUCUCGGCCCGCUACAACGCUGCCCACUUCCAGACGGUGGUCGAUAGUACUCGUUACCCUGUGUAUAGAAUUCCUUUUCCGGUCAUCACGAUCUGCAACCGCAACCGCCUCAACUGGCAGCGUCUGACCGAGGCAAAAUCAAUGUUCAUGGCGAACGUCACUGACUCCGCUCAGCUCUCGCUUUUCGAGCGCAUUGUAGGCAGCUACGACGAUGCCUACUUUGGCCAUUUCCAGUCCUUCGAACAGUUGCGAAACCAGCCGACGGAAAUGAUGAACUACAUUAAUUUCAGCCAGGUGGUGGACUUCAUGACCUGGCGGUGUGACGAAUUACUCGCAGACUGCCUGUGGCGGCACUACGCCUACAACUGCUGCGAAAUAUUCUUUAAACGGCGCAGCAAGAACGGACUGUGCUGGGCGUUCAACUCCCUGGAGACCGAGGAAGGCAGGCGGAUGCAGCUGCUGGAUCCCAUGUGGCCGUGGCGUACAGGGUCGGCGGGCCCUAUGAGCGCCCUCUCCGCUCGGGUCCUUAUCCAAAGCUCUAAGCACUGGCCGGGCAGCAAGGAUAAGAAUGCAAUGAAAGGUAUCGAUGUUAUGGUAACCGAGCCCUUCGUGUGGCACAACAACCCGUUUUACAUUCCCGCCAAUACUGAGACAACACUGGAGAUCGAGCCCAUCAUUUAUUUCUAUGACAAUGACACCCGAGGAGUUCGAUCCGACCAGCGUCAGUGCGUGUUUGAUGAUGAGCAAAACAGCAAAGACUUUAAGGUAUCCGAGUGUCAUCAGGAGUACUUAGUGCGUUACUGUAAUUGCACAAUGGAGUUGCUGUUUCCACCGGGUCAAUAUCGGUCAUGCCGAGCGAAGGAUUUGCUUUGCUUGGCAGAACACAAUGAUUUGCUUGUCUACUCCCACCAGCCAGGCGAAAAGGAUUUUGUCCGCAAUAACUUCAAGGGAAUGUCCUGCAAAUGCUUUCGCAACUGCUACUCGCUUAACUACAUUAGCGAUGUUCGCCCAGCGUUUCUGCCGCCGGACGUUUAUGCAAAUGCCUCAUAUGUGGAUUUGGAUGUACAUUACCGAUUCGAAACUAUUAUGGUCUAUCGUACCAGCCUCGUCUUUGGCUGGGUAGACUUAAUGGUUAGCUUUGGUGGAAUUGCCGGACUGUUUCUUGGCUGCUCCUUAAUAAGUGGCAUGGAGUUGGCCUACUUUUUGUGUAUUGAGGUACCAGCCCUUGGACUAGAUGGGUUGCGACGGCGGUUCCGGGCCCGAGGACAGAUGGACAGAGACAUGACCACGCCAACGCUAAACUUCCAGCAAAACACACCCAGCCAGCUAAUGGAAAACUACAUUAUGCACAUAAAGGCAAAGAAUGUCCAGCGGAAGACAAACUUUCAAAAUUGGCAACGCAUAACGUUUUCCCAAAAGCAUGUCACUAAGGAGUGA